GUUUAUUCACGCACUUUUAAAUGCUCGUCAAAUAUCACUGCCCUCUGGGACCCAUAUGCUGUACUCCACAUAGGAUAUUACAUGUGUCAACUGCCCAGGUGGUAUUCAAUGCUGUCAUGGUUCACCUACAUAUGUAAUGUUAGCCCCAACAAGAUGGUCGGCAGCCGGAGCCGAACAGCCGAGCCGAGGCAUCGCGUCUUCCCCUUCACCUUUGACUUGUCACAUCAACGCCCACAAAGUGUUUGCGCAAACUGCUCGAGAUGGGUUCAGAAUCCCUAAAAUCACGCACACGGGAUGACUACAAGUUCCAUCUGGAGUACCGCACGCGAUGGAGCGACAAUGACAUGUACUCACAUAUGAACAACUCCGUUUACUACUACCUGUUCGACUCCGUCGUGAACGCCUAUCUAAUUCAGCACUGCGCCCUCCACCCACCUACAUCACCUCAAAUCGGUCUCGUGGUUCAUUCGCAUUGCGACUAUUUCGCUCCGGUUGAAUUUCCUGCGGUCGUCGGCCUAGCCUUACGCGUGAACAAACUCGGCAAGAGCUCUGUCACUUAUGAAAUCGGCGUCUUCGAAAGGGGACAGAGUCCAGUCAGAGCUGUUGGUGAAUUUGUACACGUCUUCGUCGAUAGGGAGACGAGGAAACCAGCUGCGCUCGGCAUGGCCGAUACGCUGAAGGAUGGCCUGAGCAAGAUCGCGGUGGAUAAGUCUAAGUUGUGA